GCCCGCGGGCACGAGAGAGACGAGUCAAACCAAAAACAGCAGGAAGCCGCGCACCCCAAACGCUCCACCUCCACUCCCUCCCAUGUCGGCUCUGCUCCCUUCCAAAAACCACCGCCUCUCACCGUCCCCCGAAUCCUCCUCCAGCAAUCACCGUAGCCCGUAGGCGGGGUGGGUUUAAGAGCCCCCGCGCCCCCCGAGCGGAGUCUGGCAGCCGGUUGGCCGGGAGGAGGCGGUUUGGUUUGCGCGUCGCGGCGAUGGAGGGCGCGUGGAGGAAGGUCAGGAAGGCGCUGGGCCGCCGCCUCUGCGCGCACGCCCCCAUGUUGGGCGGUGGAGGCGUGCGGUGCGCGACGGCGGGCGCGGGCGUUUGCCGGCGGGAUGCCGCGGUGGCGGUGGCGUCGGCGUUGGCGGGCGAGUCGGGGCCGAGCACGCCGGCGGGCGCGCUCCGGAGGUCCAAGUCCGGGGGCAGGCCCUCCUCCUCUUCGUCGUCUUCCAAGGGGAAAUGUGCAAUAUGCUAUGCUAGCAUGAGAUCUGGCCAUGGCCAAGCCCUGUUUACUGCAGAGUGUUCUCACAUGUUCCAUUUUCACUGUAUCUCAUCUAAUGUAAAACAUGGAAACUAUGUCUGUCCAGUUUGCCGAGCAAAGUGGAAAGAGAUACCCUGUCGCUCACUAUCUUCUACUAGCCCUCAUGGAAGAAUUGGAGGUAACCAAAGUCGAUCUUCCCAGCAAGAUCCCCAUAUGGCUCUUCGCCGGCAAGUUUCAAACUGUCGGCGAGAGGUCCGUCGCUUACAUACUUCCGAGCCAGCAGACUACAAUGAUGAUGAACCUUUGCAGCACAAAGAGGCUUUUGACAAUGUUAAUUCUGGAUCUGGUAAAACUGCCCAGAUCAGCUCAUACCCAGAAUUCCAAUCUGUUGUGGAGUCAUCAUGUCUAAAUGGGUUUGAUAUUCUGAUUCAUGUGAAGGCCCCCACUUCUAGCUCAGAUCACGUCACAGGCAGCUUGGUCCAUGAAAGCUCUGUGAGGUCAUCAAGCCGAGCUCCUGUUGAUCUUGUUACUGUCCUUGAUGUUAGUGGUAGUAUGGCGGGCACAAAGCUAACACUCCUCAAGCAGGCUAUGGGUUUUGUUGUUCAGCACCUUCGGUCAUCCGACCGCCUUUCAGUCAUUGUCUUUUCAUCUACUGCCCAAAGACUGUUCCCCCUUCGACGAAUGUCACAUCAUGGCAGGCAGCAGGCCUUGCAGGCAAUCAACUCACUUGGUUCCGGUGGUGGUACAAACAUUGCCGAUGCACUAAAGAAAGCUGUGAAGGUGAUUGAGGACCGCAGCUAUAAGAAUUCAGUAUGCAGUAUCAUUCUUCUGUCAGAUGGCCAAGAUACCUACAGCAUUUCCUCAAAUUCCCAAGGAACAUCAGCAGCUUGUAGGUCACUUGUUCCAUCUUCUAUUCUAAAUGAACACCAUAUGGUGCCCCUGCAUGCUUUUGGAUUUGGAGCAGAUCAUGAUUCAGAUACAUUGCAUUCGAUUGCUGAAGCUUCUGGUGGCACCUUUUCUUUUAUUGAGGAUGAAGGUGUGAUGCAAGAUGCCUUUGCUCAAUGCAUUGGUGGGCUUCUUAGUGUUUCUGUUCAGGAGAUGCAUCUUAGCAUGAAAUGUAUUGAUCCUGGUGUUCAACUCCGUUCCAUCAAAUGUGGUAGCUAUCCAAGUAGAGUGGCAAGAGAUGGACGAAGUGGAUCUGUUGAUAUCGGUCACUUGUAUGCUGAUGAGGAGAGAGACAUUUUGCUAUCAGUGACCGUCCCAAAAUCUAGUGAACAGACUUCACUAUUGAGAGUUACUUGUGCUUACAAAGAUCCUGUAACAAACGCGACUAUCAAGAUUGAAGGUGACGAGGUGAAGAUCAAGAGGCCAACAUCCACCUUAUCUGAACCAGUAUCCAUUGAAGUUGAUCGAGAGAGGAACCGUAUACAAGCUGCCAGUUCUAUUGAGUCUGCACGUGCUGCUGCCGAGAGGGGUGCUCUCUCCGAGGCCGUCACUAUUCUUGAAGAUUGCCGGAGGGUACUAUCACAGUCCUUUGCAAGCCAGAACGGGGACCGCCUAUGCAUGGCCCUUGAUGCAGAGUUAAGAGAGAUGCAGGAGAGGAUGGCGAGCCGCCAACUCUAUGAGGCUUCAGGGAGGGCAUAUAUGCUGUCUGGACUGAGCUCUCACUCAUGGCAGAGAGCGACAACACGCGGAGACUCUACAGAUAGCACAACUCUUGUUCACUCGUAUCAAACACCAUCUAUGGCUCAGAUGCUGGAGCAUUCCCAGAACUUCAGCUCUUCGCCUCGGAGCCAAAGGCCACAGGUCCGGGGAGCGAGGCCGGUCUUGGAGAAGCCUCAGCCAAGAAGAAAUUGAGGCGCGAGGUGGGGGAGUACCGAAUACCUUGCAGGAGUCUACAUGUACUUCUGUAGAAUGUGAAGGAUUAAUAUUUGGGAAAGUGGUUGGAGAUGUAAAUAGAUUGGUCCCUGAAAAUUUGUUACCAUUCCAGUUUUUUUGGAAACAUGGAAUUAAGUCACGAACCAUUUCGCUUGA